AUGUUAUCGGCACCUCUCCAAUUGAACAACCCAAAGACCGACCGCGCACAACCACCUCCAUCUGAAAUGCAUACCCUGCAGCAGCAGCAGCAGCAGCAGCAACAGCAGCAGCAGCAGCAGUGGCAGCAGCAGUAUAAGGAACGGCAGCAGCGGCGGAAAAAGAGGAGAAAAGCAGCAGCAAAUGCAGAAGCAGCAACAGCAGCAAAAACAGAAGUAACAGAAGCAGCAACAACAGCAGCAGGAGCAAAAGAAGAAGCAGCAAAAGCAGCAGCAGCAGCAAAAGCAGCAGCAGCAGCGGCGAAAGCAGCAGCAGCAGCAGCAAAAGCAGCAGCAGCAGCAAGCACUGAAUGGGGUUAA